AUGGCAGAGCCAGAGCUCGCCGCUCUGUCGAGCGGCUCCGGUCUCCAGACACCCACGUCCCGAAACACCAAGUCCGAGGACACGCUGACCGAUAGCGAGAUUGCACUCACGCCCGAGGGCAGCAGCGGCGGCAGCAACGCUGAUGCUGGUGCCGGUGCUGACGCUUCUGCUGCUGAUACUGCUGGUGUUGAUACUGCUGGUGCUGGUUCUGGUGCUGCCGGUGCUGAUGUUGCCGGUAGCAUUGGCUCGCCGCAGCUCGUGCCUGAACACGCCAUUGCCGACACCCCGACGCUUGGGCCGACGACGUCCGGCCACCCUAGUCCGCGGUACGGCUCGUCGCGCCACCCGUCCUUUUCCGGCAGUAGCUCCUAUCAGGAGGACUGGGACAUCCCGCCGCUGGACCGGCUGACCGUCCUCGACCUGCUCGACAACUUCGCGCUGCCGCAGCAGCUCGAGAAACUGUCCAAGGGCAUCUCGGCACAGACACGCAAGCUCAAGAAGUCGCGCGACGCCCUCAAGUCGCGCAGCCAGGUAGCACGCGAGCGCAUGGUGGAGGAGUGGCGGCAUCGCGUGCCGUCGGCCGAGGAACAGCUGGAUCGGUACCGCAAGCGCAUGCGCACGAGCGUGGAGAAGCUCGGCCGGCAGUGGAACGACACCAAGGUCAUCACGCUGCGCGAGAAGGUGUCCUUUAUUUGCGGCGUCCUCAACAUCUUCAUCAGCGGCUACCUGAUCGGCGGCUCGCCCGAGUAUAUGCAUCUCUGGUACACCGCCCAGAUCCUCUACUUUAUGCCCAUCCGCUUCUACACCUACCACAGGCGCGGCUACCACUACUUCCUCGCCGACCUCUGCUACUUUGUCAACUUCCUCCUGAUGCUCAGCCUCUGGGUGUUCCCCAGCUCAAAGCGCCUCUUCGUCGCCUGCUACUGCCUGGCCUUUGGCAACAAUGCCGUGGCCAUUGUCAUGUGGCGUAACUCGCUCGUCUUCCACAGCUUCGACAAGGUCACGUCGCUCUUCAUCCACGUUAUGCCGUGUGCCACCCUGCACUGUGUUGUCCACCUCGUGUCCCCCGAGAUACAAAAGGUGCGGUUCCCCGCGGUCUACGCCAUCCAGCAUGCACCGCCCGGCACCAGCGGCUCGUACGCCAACGUGCUGUCGAUGCUGGCCUGGUCGACCAUCCCGUACGCCUUCUGGCAGCUGUCGUACUACUUCUUCAUCACCGUGCGCCGGCGCGAAAAGAUUGCCGCCGGCCGCCCGACGUCCUUCACGUGGCUGCGCCGCUCGUACAGCAAGACAUGGAUCGGCAAGAUCGUGCUGGCGCUCCCCAACGCGCUGCAGGAGCCGGCCUUCAUGUUCAUCCAAUACAACUACGCCGUGUGCACCAUGCUGCCGUGUCCGCUCUGGUUCCGGUAUCGCUGGGCCAGCGGUGUGUUCAUGAUGGGCGUGUUCACGUGGAGCAUCUACAACGGCUCGACAUACUACAUUGACGUAUUUGGCAAGCGGUUCCAGAAGGAGCUGGAGGCCAUGAAGCAGGAGGUGGCCAAGUGGCACCCAGCCGAGCCUGUGGCUGGUGAGGGCAGCACCACCCCGGGCGCUGGCGGCGGUGGUGCAAGUUCGGGCGUUGCGGUCGCUGGUGACGGCCCGGCUGACACAGCCGGCGGCAUCCACAGCAACCUGACGAGCCCGCCGCUCGAGCCGCUAUCCGAGCACGGAACCGACAAUGGUGAAGAAGACGACGAAAGCCGCCGCCACAGCAUCGACGCAAUCCCACUUCUGGACCGCGACAUCAACGAUGACGGAACCGACAGCCCGUCGCAGAGCGGAGCCAAGACACCCGGUGUCGCAUCCGCCGCUGAAGCCAUAGCGGCAGCUACAAUGACGGGUGCCACCGGUGCCGACUGGGAUAUGGGAGCCAAAGAUUUGGCCCGCCGCCGUAACUAA